CCGAAACGAGCGUCUCUCCCAUGGCUUCCCUACGCGCUAGCCGCUGCGCGCCCGGGUCCUGCUCCUCCCUCUUCUCUGGCCUCCGCGCCCUAGCCCCUCUGCUCGCUCGGCGCCCAUCUCCUACGGCGCCUGGCCGAAGCUCCCUGCUCAGUUCCUCCUGCGCCGCGCCCAGCUCCCUCCUCUCAAGCUCUGUGUGCGCGCGCCCAUAUCCCCUGCUCCUGCGCGUCGCAACUUCCCUUCCGUCGAGCCCUGCAUCUCCAUGGCACGGACGUCUGCGUCCUCCAUCUCCUCCUUCCCCAGCAGGUGCCCAUCGUCCCCGACCUCGCGUGGUUGGGCCGCUCCAGCGCCGGUCGUCGCUUACCGAGCCAUGGAGUUUGUACUUGUGCUCGACCACCACUUCGCCCCAGCCGCUGUGGGGUUUGGUCAUCAGCAGGGUGCUGCUGUGGGCACAUGCCUCCCUCCUCGAGCACCAAUCGGAGUUCGGGUCGUCAGCCGCUGUGCUGCUCAGCUUCCUGCUGCACAUGUUCGGCCCAUCAAUGUCUACUUAUUCGGUGGUCGCAUCUCGCGCUAGUACUUGCCCAAGUCACCGCCGUCGCCCAGCUUGGCCUCUGCUCUGUCCCUGCGGCGCUCCAGCUCGUCGGCGCUUGGUUUCCAGCUCGGCCUUGCCAUCCCCCGCGCGCGCCCCAUUUUUCAUGGCACUCGGCAGCGCAGAGUCUUCAUCAGCCAUGGCGAGUUCCUCGCUGCCACGGCUGUCCGGUGUUUGGCCCGCGCCGUCCCUGCUCCUCUCGGCGACUCGGCCAGCUGCUUGCGUGUGCUGCGCGACCUCGCGUCCGAGAUGGGCGCGUGAAUGACGUGAGGAAGACGCUGCAUAUGCUUGUGUCCGAGCUCGUCCGGCCACAACCUCGUCGAACCGCGAAGCUCCCUCGUCGUGCGCUCUGACAUCGGCUGCCGCCGAUUCUGCCAUUGAGUUCACGAGUGCUCCUUGCUCUGUUCGUUUCGCCAUGGGCAAUUUCUCCACGCUUUAAAUCCAUGCUGCUCGCCCCGCAUGCGCUCGCUCCGAUGUUCGCGUUUGUCGUCGAGUCGUCGAACCCGUCAUCCCCUGCUCGACUCCCAAGCAAACCCCCUGAUCCGCGUCCUGCUCGCCGUCGACUCUCGGCACCACAAGCUCAUUUUCCCUUGUUCACAUCCCCCACAGACCCUGUCUCAUCACGCAUGUGCGUUAUCGAUCUCGUCGUCGUUUCGUACAUCCUCAAGAAAUACAAAGAGUCGGGUGAAGACGAAGCUAGCAGCGUGAUAUUCACCAAGUGCUCGACAAAAAGCUCGAACAAGUCGUCGAUCGUCAUCCUCGUCUACGCCAAAGAUCCGAGAAGAUUAGGCGCAGAAGGAAAUAAAUUAGUACGCGGCCGGAGAAUUCUCGAUGUGGAUGAAGAUGAAGCGCGAUUCGACGCAGCACUCGCCCUAUUUUCGGUGAAAUACUGAGCUGAAAGGUGGCGUCAAUUUCGUGAUUUCAAGUCGGAUUUAAUUGAUGGUAAGUUGAUUCGUUAUUCCAGUCAACUAGGUAUAUAAAUAGAUUAAAUAGAAUUGUUGGUCGCGAUAAUUAUUAUUAAUUUAUCAUAAGUAUAUUGUGACGUUCGAUCUAGAUGAAUCGAUAAAUCAAGUUAAUUAAGAU